CCUAGGGUUGCAUCAAUGGGUCUCGAGCGAUGGGACGCCUAGAACUACGCAUUCCUCAGAAAUCAACUCUUGAGUCCGCACCUUAUUUCUCAAGAGUUCUUUAUGAUUUGGAAAGCCAUUAAAUCUCUUGCAAAGCCCAGCAUGCCGUCUGACAAAGAUGCGCCGGCGCCGGUGCGCGAUCCGGAUAGCAUUAUACUGUGCAUUGAAGACUUGAAGAAGAGCGCGAUCAAGAAGAUGCCGUAUGGUGCUCGAGGUGAGAGUUCGAAAGGCUGUCGUUCUUUCGCAAUGUAGCUUGGCUGCUGAAGGGUUUCUGACAAGAUGCGCAGAGUUCAUCAACUCUGGCUCAACGGAGCAGAUAACGGUAUCGGAAAACUCCACGGCGUACAACAAGUAUCGUGUUCGCAGUCGAGUGUUGAUGGACGUCUCCCAAGCUGAUACCUCAACCACCUGCUUCGGCCGUAAAGUCGCCUUCCCCCUUGGGACAGCACCAGCAGGCAUCCAAGCCCUAGCGCACCCAGAAGGCGAACUCGCCACCUCGCGCGCCGUCGCAAGGAAAGGCCUCACGCAAGCCAUCUCCUCCUUCGCCAGCUUCCACAUCAAAGACAUCCGAGAUGCCGGCUUGGGCGUCGGGCCCAUCAACCACGUGAUUCAGAUGUACACGCUCAAAAACCGCGAGUUGCAACUAGGCAUCAUCCGCGAGGCGGAGAAACGUGGCUGCUCUGCCAUUUUCCUUACCGCCGACUCGCCUGUGCUCGGAGUGCGGUACCACGAGUGGCGCAACGACUUCCGCACGCCUGAUGGCGUGGGCUUCCCGAUUUUAGGCUGGGAUAGCGAGAGGAUCCGCAAGCAGACGCACGACGAUAGUUUCAUGGGCUUCAACGACGACAGUCAUAACUGGGCGCGCGAAAUCCCGUGGCUGCGCAGCGUGACGAAGAUGGAGAUUUGGAUCAAGGGCAUUGUGACGGCGGAGGAUACGAUGAAGGCGGUGGAGAUGGGGUGCGAUGGGAUCGUUGUGAGUAAUCAUGGGGGCAGGCAGUUGGAUGGGGUUCCGGCGACGAUUGAUGUCUUGCCCGAGUGUGUGCAGGCUGCGGCAGGGAGGAUUAGGAUCCAUGUUGAUGGGGGAAUACGGUCAGGAACGGACAUCUUCAAAGCCUUGGCUCUGGGUGCGGAGUACUGCUGGGUGGGCCGACCGGUGUUCUGGGGUCUUGCGCAUGACGGGCAAAAAGGCGUGGAGCUGAUGCUGGAAACUUACCACCAGGAAUUCAAGCGAUGCAUGCAGCUGUGUGGAUGCAACGGUGUGAAGGACAUCACAAAGGCUUGUAUUGGGGUGGUCAGGCCAGAUGGGCCGCUUGCUAGGUUGUAGUCUUGCGACCAUUGUCGAGAGUAGAGCACGGCGCGAUGGGACGAGCAGAACACACAGAUACCUUAGGUCGUGGUGAUUCUUCGGUAGAAUAUACGACGUACACGAGCCCCGCAUACGUCGAGUAUCAGAAAAGGCAGAAGUACGACCACCUUAUGGCUCGCCUGUCUACAGAAGAGUACG